GUCGCGUCAGAUCCAAGAUGACCAUACCCGCGCAAAAAUUUUAGAAUUACCCAUCAUCUUGGAUCUGACGCAAGUACCUCACGAGUAACGGUUUCUUUAGGCGCCAUUUUCUCUUACCGUAUCUCCCCCGUUCUCUCUCCGAAUCACUUUUCUACUUACUUCUGCUUUGAGUUGGCUAGAAAAGUAACAUUCAAACUCACUUUUUGCGCUUCAAUGUCCACUCACCUGAUCUUUUACUCUGCUUUUCUAUCGAAACAAAUAGAGCGCUAGUGUUACAAUUUCCAAAUGGAUAUUUCAUCAAUUCAUCUCAAUCAAAGCUUAAGCUCUUAUGCUCCAUGUUUUGCGAGAAAUGCUUCGUCGUUUUCACAUAAGCAGUCGCUUUUGACUUCCUGUCGGGUGUCUUUCGGGUUACGGGGUCCCAAUGACUGCAAUUGGUGUCGUUUCAAGUCUUCCUGUCGGAGUUUGGUUAUGGCGAGAGAGAAAGGAGAAAAAACCGAAGAGCACCCUCUAAUUGAUGAUUCUGUGGAUGCCGAAGAUGAAAAUAAGGUUGUACGCCGACCAUUGAAACUGCCAGAGCGUGAUUUUAAUGGGACACCUUAUGUUCCUGUCUAUGUUAUGCUACCGCUAGGCGUGAUCGAUAUGAACUGUGAGCUGGUUGAUCCAGAUAGUCUGGUGGAACAGUUACGGAUCUUGAAAUCUGUUAAUGUUGAUGGCGUUAUGGUUGAUUGCUGGUGGGGAAUAGUCGAAGCACAUACUCCUCAGGUAUACAAUUGGAGUGGAUACAAGAAGCUUUUUCAGAUCGUGCAUGAACUUGAGCUCAAACUACAGGUUGUUAUGUCAUUUCAUGAAUGUGGAGGAAAUAUCGGUGAUGAUGUACAUAUUCCACUCCCGCAGUGGGUUAUGGAAAUUGGUCAAAGUAAUCCUGACAUAUAUUUCACAGAUAGAGAAGGAAGACGCAACUUUGAAUGCCUAACAUGGGGAGUUGACAAAGAACGGGUUUUAAGAGGUCGAACUGCUAUUGAGGUUUACUUCGAUUACAUGAGAAGUUUUCGGGUAGAAUGUGAUGUGUUCUUUAAGGAUGGAGUAAUCUCUGAGAUUGAAGUUGGACUUGGUCCAUGUGGGGAGCUAAGGUAUCCUUCUUAUCCUGCAAAGCAUGGCUGGAGAUACCCUGGUAUUGGUGAAUUCCAGUGUUAUGAUAAGUACUUGAUGAAGAGUCUGAGCAACGCAGCAGAAGCAAGGGGGCACUCAUUUUGGGCUAGAGGUCCAGAUAAUGCAGGUUCUUACAAUUCUUCACCUCAUGAGACUGGGUUUUUUCGAGAUGGAGGUGACUAUGAUAGCUACUAUGGUAGGUUCUUCCUUAAUUGGUAUUCUCAAGUUUUAGUCGAUCACGGUGAUCGUGUACUUGCUCUAGCCAAUUUGGCUUUUGAAGGAACUAACAUUGCUGCCAAGCUAUCUGGGAUUCAUUGGUGGUACAAAACAGCUAGUCACGCUGCUGAAUUGACUGCUGGCUUCUACAACCCAUCAAAUCGUGAUGGCUAUGCUUCAAUCGCAGCAAUGUUGAAGAAGUAUGGGGUUGCACUAAACUUCACAUGUGUUGAAUUGCGUACACUGGACCAGCAUGAGGACUUUCCAGAGGCGCUGGCAGACCCUGAAGGAUUGGUAUGGCAGGUGCUGAAUGCUGCAUGGGAUGUUUCCAUAUUAGUUGCUAGUGAGAAUGCUCUCCCUUGUUAUGAUAGAGAAGGCUAUAACAAGAUACUAGAAAAUGCUAAGCCCCGAAAUGAUCCAGAUGGGAGACAUUUAUCUGCUUUUACCUACCUCAGGCUAAGCUCACUUCUAAUGGAAAGACACAACUUCUUAGAGUUUGAACGAUUUGUCAAGAGGAUGCACGGGCAAUCGGCUCCUGAUCUCCAAGUUUUUCCAAAUGAAAAGCACCCAAAAUUCAAGGAGAUAGAUGGCCAAGUUGCUGCCGAGUGAUGGCCUUGUUACACUGCUGAGCUUGAAAGUCAACUACCUUUUGUUGUAUAUCAGUCAAAACUUCUAAUUAUUCACUAUUUGGGUGAGUUGGGUCAAUUGCACAACGUUAAUGGCUCUGGUUGGUUCUAUUCGAGUAUACUCCAUGGAUCGUAGAUCUGGAAUGCGUAUGUUAUAAAGA